UUGCGUACAUUCAAGAUUAAACGUAAGGAUUAGACGAUACACAAUUUCUACUGCGGAUAUUUUUGUAUUUCAAAAGUUAAAAUAUGCGAAUUAAACAUUUUUACUUCAAUUAUUGAUAACAAAUUUAAACGAAUAAGAUACUGAUUGUCUAAAAAAUAGACACAUGUAUGUAUGAAAUUGAUUUCUUUUAAAAAAAAUAUAUAUAUACAAUUUUAAUUCAAUUUUUGUGAACAUAGUGAUCUCUAAUUUUAAACCGUAGAGUAUGCGGGUAUUCAGAACUGUUUUGUUUGUUUUCUGUACAUAGGAACAAUGGAAUGUGCAAGCACGUUAGAAGGAAAUCUUAAUCAAAUAUUUUUUGUGGAUAAACCAAACCCUUUCUUACAACAUGAAAGGACCUAUUGGGGAUUUACUGUGAACGAUGUAACUGUUGACAGUUUAAAAAUCGUUGGUAUUGCAUCAUGCUGUGGGAGAACUGAUAUUAUAGACCGGUUAUUAAGACAUACCAACCAAUUAAAUACUCAUGAAAGUGAAAAAUUCACAGUACUUCAUUACGCAAGUUAUUUAGGAAGCAAGAACAUUGUAGAAUAUAUUGUAAAAGCCGGAACUGACAUCAACGCUCAGUCUGCGAAAGGAGAUACAGCGCUUCAUUUCGCUACAAUACAAGGCCAUUAUGAAAUUGUUCAAAUAUUAAUCGAAAAUGGUGCUGAAUGCAACAUUCAAAACAAGAAAGGAUGGUCUGCUCCUAUGCUUGCCACCCCAAUUCAAGGAAAUGAUUGUCUUUAUGAACUUAUUAAAGCUGGUUUAGAUGUUAAUUUGCAAGAUAAAGAGGGAAAAGCUGCACUGCAUUAUGCAUCUUUGUCUAAGGGUUCAGAAAAAGUUAAAGCCUUGAUAGAAGCAGGCGCUGACAUUAACAUAUUAAGUAAUGCUGGUGAUACUGCUUUACAUCAUGCUGCUUUGAUUGGGUCCAACAGAUCUGUAAAUAAGCUUAUCCAAAGUGGUGUUGGAAUAAACACAGAAAAUCAUUUUGGACAAACGGCAUUGCAUCUCAGUUUGCGUCAGUAUAAUUUUGAAGUAUUUGAAACUUUGUUGAUCAAUCAGGCUUCUAUUUGUAUAAGGGACAAAGAAGAAUAUGAUCCAUUGAGGUACAUGUAUAAUAAUGAAAGUGCCUUAUUACAAAUAUUCAAACUACAUCAUUACCUACAAUCGUAUACAGAUGUCUACGGAAAUACAAUAUUACACUUGCUUGUAGAAAAUUUCCGGCAGGCGGGACCAUUUCAAGAAAUCUGGUCUUAUAUUAUAUAUAAUUACACAGAAUUUUCCAUUUAUCUUCCAAAACAAAACAUGUUUGGACAAACAAUUUUACACAUUGCUGCAACAAAAUAUAAAAAAGGCAAUGUCCUACUCCAAAUGAUAUUUUCAUUUUUCGAACAAUACAUACAGAACGUGUUGCUGUUACACGAUGAAAAUGGGAACACAUUUUUGCAUCAAAUUUUGAAUGCAACACUAUUUCAAGUCACCUUUUCUGAUUUUUUACCAUAUUUAGAAAAUGAAACAGUAAAACAGAAGCUCCUGGCGUCCAGAAAUUAUGUUGGAAAUACACUGCUACAUGUCGCUUAUAUUGUGGAGGAUUUACAGAUAGUUGAUUCGGUUGAAACAUGCUCUGUUCUUGAAAUUGUAGGAGCAUCAAUCAAUGCUCAAAACAAUCUUGGAGAGACUGGGUUUCAACGUCUCAUAUAUUUUCAUAAGAGAUAUCCUGAAUUGAUUAGAGCUGUAAUGGAAAAGGGACCGGAAAUAAACGUUCAAAAUAUUUUCGGAGAGACUGAGCUUUUUGUAAUUUCCGACGGUUACAGUAGAUUAGCAAUUAAAGAUAUCAAACUUCUUUCCAACUUGAAAAGUAAUAUCACAUUCUGUAACAGAAUUGGACAAACCAUGAUAAUGGCACAUCCAUACAAUUGGUUUUCAUGGAUUUCAAAAUUAAAAAGCAAAGCGCAUUUAAAUAAACAGGACAUAUUUAAAAAUAAUGUUUUGCAUUAUAUUGCAUGCGAUGAAGAAAUUGAAAAACUGUUCUCUACUUACGAUGUUGAAGAAAAUGUACUGGAAUUUAUCUCCACAAUUUCUGUCAAUGAAGAUAAACUUGGCCAGCUUCCAUGCGAUGUAGCUUUAUUGAGAGGACACAUCAAUAUUCUUGAGCAUAUUUGUGUCUGCAAAAAUGGAGUUCAUAAAAAGAAACCUAUUUUCUUUCAGAGGUUCUUAGAAAUAAAUGCAAUUAAGCAAAGAAACCAAUCAUUUGAAAACUGUGUUCGAAGUCUGUCUGGGUAUUGUACAGAAAGAACCAUAGAAAAUAUCAUUAGCGAACCUUUUAUAGGACUGAUUCAAUUUAAAAAAGAUAAAAAUGAUACAGAUGUGGACAGUUUCGACAAAGAAGCAACAGAAGUUAAAAAUGCGAUAGAGCAUAUUGUACAAAAAAUAUGUACCAGACUCAGUGAAAAGGAAAAAUUGUUUGCAAAUAAAGUAAUUUUAUCAGGCAGUGUAGGUGAAGAUACGAAAGUUGGAUUACCGAAUGAAUUUGAUUUCAUAUGCUUGCUGGUUGAAAUGUCAAAUUGGCUUGUUAUAGAAGAAAGUGAAGGCAAUGAUGUUCAAGUGAAGCUUAAAAAAAAGUACAGACAUGGUAAAUGUAGUCGCUUCUUUAACUCACACAGUUUUAAAGAUAUUAACGACCGGUUCUACGCCAUCAUUACUGAAAUUUUGCAAGAACCUGACAUAUAUUCUCAUCAAAACUUAUUCCGUAAAAGUCUCACAUUAUUAGCACCUAGGGGCGGACCAAAUUUUACAUUGAGAUUCAAAUGGUGUGGCUGUAAAUAUAAAAACAUGACAGUGAAAGUUGAUCUUGUUCCUGCUUUCCAAAUUCCCCAUGAGACAAAAUUGUUUUCUUCAAACUUCAACCUUGUAAAAAACAAUAGCAAAUUUGUUAUGGGAAGGGAUACAUUUGAGAAUUCCACGACUCUAUGGUAUGUAUCAGCUGUAAAUGAAGAAAACGAACGAUAUGCAACACUUUCAUCAGAAGCAAAAAAAGCAUAUGUUAUAUCCAAGAUUUUAUGCAGCAAACGUGUUUGUCCAAUCGUUAUUUGUGAUGACACAAUAAAUGGAGGAAAAGAGGAAAUCGAAAAAUGUGGUGAUGUAAUUUCUAGCUAUAUGCUUAAAAACUGUUUAUUCUAUGUUGCUAAGGAAACACAAGGAAAUUCGAUUUCUAAUUUAUGUGUGCAUGAUUAUGUUUGUAGAAUUUUUCAGAAGCUUCUUCAAUUCUGCCGCCAGGAAACAUUACCGAUUUUUAUGUUUCAUAACAUUAAUUUGUUUAGAUAUCCUUUCAAGCGUGAAGAACGGAAAAAGAAACGCGUAAUCAUUGCUAUGUAUGCCAAAUUAAUUUUAAAUAUACUUGGAAAAUACUGUGAUUUUGACGAUAUAUAUUUAGAUUAUACUUCCGAUGAAUUUAAAAAUAGAAAGGUUCUGAAUCUUAUUGAAGACAAUAAUAUUUGUGCACAGUGUAAGAAAACCCCAGGGAGAGAUCGUGUCACUCUAAUAGCUUGUACCAAAUGUAAGCUCUGGACAUACUGCAGCGACACAUGUAAGAAUCGUAACCAUAAGCGACACAAACCAGCGUGUGAUUACCAUUAUAUGCUAGGUGUUUGUUAACUUUUGUGGUCGCAUAUUGUCCGUCGCCCGUUGUAUGUGUAUGUGUGCGUCAAUAAUUACAUGUCAAUUAGCAGUUUUGUUUUUGUUUUUUGUUUUUGUUGCUGUUUUUUUUUGUUUGAUUUGGACCAAACCUGCAUAAUUUCUAUUACGAGUAAAUCACUGUUUCUUUCUUUAAACGGCUAGCUUCCGUUUGCAGAAAGAAGAAAGGGCCUAAUAGUAAAUUACCUAAUAUGCAUGAUACAUUUUUAUUUAUACUUGGAUUUGAAUCAAACUUUUACAAAACUCGUAUUUCUAGUAGAUAUUGGUUCCUUGAUUGAAA